AUGAUGAUUUACGAUCGAAUAAUCCAGUGCACCAAGCGGCGCUACAAGAGCAAGGACGAGGAGACCUCCUCCGAAAGUGAAGACAGCACGGACAGCUCAAGUGUAAUCAAAGAGAAGAUGAACCCCCGUAAGUAUGUGUCGGACGAAUGUCAACACAUCCUUUUCUUAUCCUCCUUCCAGUUGUCCCUCGCCCUCAUCUUUUCUCUUUUUUGCAAAAUAUACUACCUUGCCUUUCUAAACAUUGCCCUCUUUUUAACCUCAAUAAUACACUGGUGGAACCCUGAAUUAGGAUUACGUCGAACAAUCGAUAUGACCAUGACCGCUACGAACUUCCUAAUGCACCUCAUCCACUCGUUUACCAUAAAUUCGAUGUGCUUCUUUGUCUGCAUCUGUGGAGGAAUUUUGAUAGUCAUACUAUACUUCGUCGGGAAGAGGUUCAGUUACAACUCCUACAGCACUGUCUGCCACCUCCUCAUUCACACCACCGGCAGCAUCUCCUCCCUCACCAUUUACUACAUUUCGAAGAACAAGCUUAUUGACCACUCGUGA